CUUUCCUCUGUGCAACAGGGGCUGAUUUCAAAAUAACUCAUCAAACACCCACAGGCCCUUUAUUGUGUUCUUUGGACACAAGAGGGAAAAUCUCAUGGAGAUGUUUUAUUUUCUCCUCAGUGCAGAUAAAACGUCACUCUUUCUCCACUCCUCUUUGUCUGUGCUUAUCUUGCUGUGAAAACAGAUGAUAUAUGUACAGUCUUCGCACUCAAGUUUAUGUUAUUCCGAUAAGGCCCAUGGGUUUCUCUGCAUGUCUGUGUGGUUUAUGAGUGUUUAUUGAGACCAUAAUUGCAGGACUGCCCACUGGAGGACACAUGCAGUCUUUCGUGGGAAUGCAAAGUCCCACCAGUUCCCAAUCCGGCUCCUUAUCUCCAGUAUUCCCAUAUGAGUGAUGUAUAUUAUCCUGCUGAAUCACAACCAGUUGACCGCUGCACCAUUUGCAAAAGACUUGUGGAAAGGUAAAGAUGAGUUAGAAUAAAAAUCUUGAAAAAUUAUUAAAACUCUGCAAAGUAAAGUGCCUAUAAUAAAUCCACUGCAAUUUGCAAAUACAUAAAUAUAACUAAGGUGAUGGUGCAAGAAAUGAGAACUUGGAACCAAAAAUAUAAAAUUAUUGAAUAAACCAGGUUUGAUUUUUUUUUUUUCUGUGGGAAUUCUGGAGAAAAAGACAGACCGACGUGUGUGAGAGCGACAGAGAGGCAGCGGAGCUGAUGUUUGCGGUCAACCUCAGGUUUUGCAUACUUGCUUGUGUCUCUGAAACACGGUACGUAUGCCAGCACCCUGGCACGUUCAACUGUCUCCUCACCUGCCAGAGUGUUCGCCUGACUCACCUGCCCCCCCCACCGGGGCCCUGCCCAUGGGUGUGAACAUCAAACACUGCCUCUGCUCACAAACAUUCAAAUCAUCACCACGUUUCCCACCAGACGAAUACUGUCCAUUCGCUAACUGCGAUAACACACUGACACGUAAUGAAGAAAUGACUGUAUUUACCUUUGCAAUGCAGCUUGAUUCAAUUUGUGAUUUAUAUGUGAAAUAAUAAUAAAAUCAAAAUAUUACUCAGUCCAGUUAUUCCUCUGUAUAUAUGUCAUAUAGUUUAAGCACUUAUCAUUUGACUCACACACAAACAUGCACACACACCCAAACACAAACACAGGCGUUGGGGAAAUUCCCUGUAACCUGCAUGUGUACUGGUGAUUUGCGUAUGUUCACUAAUCUUGGGGGUUAGGUUAUAACUGUAAACCCACUACACCUGGACACACACAUGCUCGCACACACACAGCACAUUACCCAUCACUAACUGAUGUGUUGAUAAGCCACACGAGUGGUGCAACACCUCACACACUGAUGGUCAGCGGUGUUUGUUUGCGUUUGUGUUGCAAGUCGGUUUUUCAAUUCACCUGCCAGUCUGUGACCGUUAAACAUCACAAGUCACUCAGACGCACAACAGGUAGGCAGCUGGUCAAAUGUCUCUCUCUCUCUCUUUCUCGCUCUCUCUCUCUUACAUACACACACAAAGACGCUGUUAGACAUGCUCUGGAUUUUAGCAUGUAGAUGUCAAGAGGUUAAUACAGGGAAAUAAUUUACUAGCACAAUAAAUAUUGUUAUAUAAGUGAUGUUAUACCCUAAUACUUAUUGUGUAUAUACUACAGUAAGUAGUGUGAUAUAAGAGUGAUUAUAUUAUGUAUUAGUGUGGAUAAUCUCACCCUCCCCUCUGUGUCACCUAUCACUCCUUUAUUUUUAGACGCAAACUCGUAUUUUUAGCUCAGACUUCCCCUCUCGUCCCUGAUAAAAGGAGAAUGGACAACAAAGUCAGGGCCAAAAAACACAAAUCAGAUAAGUGCAAAGCCUGCCUGGCGUGGUAAGGCGGCAGUUCUCCACCAUCAACGCCUAUCUCUCCCUCUGUGUUUCUGUCUCUGUGGCCUUAUCACCUUGUCUCAAAGCUCCAGGUGCAAGCCGAGUUAUUGGAAUUCUAACUGUCACCUUUUUUCAGUGAGCGCUGAGGGUUUUUCCAAACACGUUAAACAAGUGUUUUUAUAAACCUCUUGACAAGUGUCUUUAUGUUUUGACAACAAACUUCUACUUCUGCUCCUUCAACUUCUACUGUUACAUUACUGCAACAUACAUUUCAAGUUCUGACACCAUCGCCCCUAAAAAUACUACUGUUGUGUACUACUACCCCUGCUGCUGCUACUACUACUACUGCGGAUUGAGCAGAUAGAUUUACAGAUUGAUCAAAUUUGCCUUUUGCUUCCACUGCAACAUUUGCUGCCCCCCUUUUUAUUACAUGUAAUCCUUGAGAUGGGAUUACCACCCAGAUUUUUACACCACAAGCAGCAAUUUAGCCAAAACAGGAAUCUCCUGGCCAACAACUAAUCUCCAAUACUGUGGAACAUCAUUCUUACACUAUUGUACAUUGAUUGAUUGAUUUGUUUCUAUUUUCCUUAACAUUUCUAAUGGUACCAUGUUGUAUGGUAUGGGAGUGGAUUAGAAUUAAGGUUUAUGAGAUAUAAGAAUAAAAUAUUAUUUAGCUAUAAUAUGAUCAAGACAAAGAUAAGAGAAUUAAAAAAAUGCUAAUAUGUUAAUAAGCUAAUAACUCUUUGCAGGCUAAUUGUUGUUUGACAACGAUGUGGGCUUAUGGUUUUGUUGUAUACAGUGUAUUCAUACUGUACGUGUACAUGUGUGUCAAGAAAGUUAGACCUACAAAAUCUAUUUGGCACUGCUGUGUUUGCGUCACUGACUCCACACCGGAAACCCUAAGAUAUUAUCAUGGGGUGUGGUAAACUCUCCACUUGUGGAAAUAUUUCUUAAAAAUGUUGCUGUGUAAGCAAAUAUUAGGCAUAGUUAAUUAUGUUUGACCGUAACAUAAGGGUUAUAUAUAGCCUUCUCUUUUGUAUGAUUUGCAACCUAUGGAUUUGUUUUCAUCUGCUUUACAUACAGUAAAAUAUAUACAGUUCGGAUCCUGAGAGUUUAAAAAAACCCGUCUGUAUGACAUCAAGUACGGGAAACGCUCCCGGUGCUUCACGGAAGCCUUGUUUCACCUCGCUCAACAGGUUUACAAACCAGAGUUCGAUGGAAAUUCACAUUAGCAAACAAUUGCAGUUCAAGAUCAGACCAAAACAAUUGUGCAGAGAAGAUUCUAAUAAAUGUGCUAUUGAAGCAUGUACUUUUCCAGAUGGUCAGCCUGUCACACUGGAGAAAACGAAUCACUGACACUCUUGGCUCAGCUGCUGCUGUUUGAUUGAGCACCCCCACAAUUACAUGUACAUGUGUACUAAUUUUUAAAGCACCAGAAAGAAAAAGCAGUGGAUAAUACUGGAAUGGUACAAAAACCUGUAAAGAAAAAAAGUAAUUGCUGGUAAACUUUGAUAUGUUGACCUCCCUUGACCCUCCAUAUAUCCUUUUGUGCCCUGAGAGGUUUACAGUGUAGGAGCCUGUAGUGAUAUUUCAGUGUGAUGAAUUGCUACACUAAAACUUGACUAUUUGUGAAGUUAGUAUUGCCAUUCCUGUUAGGUUUAAGAUUUUAUCAUGUUGAGAUGACAGCCCAGGAAUAAAACCCAGGUUGUAAAUAUCGGCCACCUCUCCAUUAUAUAUGCUUCAUAUAUCACCCGUUUCCGAGGAGGUCACAGGCUACUGGCACUGCUUUUGGAUUCAUAAUGACACUGAUCAUCAGGCCAUAAACACUUGGUGUUUUUUAUUAGUGAUGUUUCCAGCUUUUUUGUUUUAUUUAUUGAGUCAACAUGUUUCUUCCCAGCAUGCCCUGCAGGCAAACGCUCUGGUCACUGUCCAUGGAAACUUCUGCCCCGCAGGGAAAACUCGUUUCUCUCCCUCAGACUGUUUACAUGCUUUUUUUUUUAUUUGCUACUGGAUUCAAAUAAAAUAUGUCGCUGGUUUAAAUAAAAAUGUCAUGGUUAUUUUGCAACAUUUCACACGUUCAUGUAUGAGUUGAUUCGCUUCCUCCAUUUGUAAAGCAUUCAGGAAUUUGUUUUUAGAGGGGUCCUUAAUACACUGCGGUUGAAGGGGUGUUUGAAGGGCCAAUUGACAGUUCCAGACAUCAGCUUUUAUUGUUUUACUGACAACAAUAUGUUUUCAUCUGGUGGAAAUAGCUGAAAUGACAGGUUUGACUAGAAAGUACAUUCAGCCGCUGACAAACCUUUGCCUCAGGCCUGUAGUCAUUCAUGGUUUGGUGAUUGAAUGUGACCUUUGUUUGGAGCACUUAGGACUUUUAUCGGAACUUCAGAUUGAAUUAGUGCCUCAUUUGACUCUUGUGUUCAUCGCAUGUCUGACGUCUGUAUCAGGUUAACUCCUACAAACUCUGGUUAAACAGUGUGGGUGGAUGUGUCACGUGUCAUUUUAUACUCCAGCAUCUCUGCCACUUCACUUUUAGUGUCUUUGUGUCUCAGCCUCAGACCAGUUUGGGGAAAUCCCUCAGCCACACACACCCUGUGAGAAAGCGACACAUCCUGCACUGCCAGUUGUGUACUGGAAUCUACGUCUACCAUAAUAACACACGCAACAUCAACAAACAGGAACACGCUCGCUCACAGGACGCAAGCUUGUAUCGAAAGUGAACAAUGACUGACAUCAUGUCCUGGGGUGUGAUGAAAUACCUGACACUGUGCUAUUCCACUGUGUUUUGUGAAGAAGGGUGUCAUUUAAUGUGGCAGCCCUCAGUUUAAUUAGGAAGUUGAUUAAAACGUACGUAGCUGCAGUUACAGAAUUGACCCUGGAAAGUUUCAGAAGGGAAACUUACACAUGCUAACUCGGCCAUUCUCCAAAUUUUUCUAUGAGGAUGAUCUGAAGUCAGACGAUUAUAUGGCUGUUGCCAAUACUUGAUGAUGAAUACGCUUCCUAUACUGUCGGCACAGCUGGAGGGAAAAAAACAAUGCAGGAGCUAUAGACGUAACCUUGUAAAUACAGUGUGUCACAUUUAUAUGCACAUAUAUACAUUGAAUAGGUUGUUUAUUAAUGGUCUGUAAUGUAGUUGUAAGCAAAUAUAGCAAAGUAUACUGAUGUAGCUUUUAACUACUUUACCUCCUGUGAAGCAUUCAUUUCUAGACUUAGUUGAAAUCAUACAAAAUAUAUUUUAAUGGGAGAAGAAUACUGUGCAUUAAAUAAACACCUAAAAUCUCCUUAUAUCUGCUUACAAUUACAUUAUAAUGUGUUAUUAUACAUACAGCUUAUGAUAAAUAGACAGGAUAACAUAGUUAAUAUAUUACUGUUAGAAGUUUAAACGUCACAAAUGGCAUUACAUUUUCCUCAUUUGAUUUAAUGGAACAUUUACUUACUAAAAUGUAAGGAAUUAUAUGUCGGCCCUGGUGCGCUGGCAACCUGCGUCCAGGGCGUAUCCCGCCUCUCGUCCGUUAUCAGAUGGGAUUGGCUCCAGCUCGCCUCAAAAUCCCCAAAAGAUAAGACGGAUGGAUGGAUGAGUUUUAUAUUUUGAGGUGUUACACACCAAUUUGUCAGCAUAAAUUUGAGAAAAUGGGAAUAUUCACAGUAAAUCUAAUGUGUGAGUGUGUGGGUGUAGAGGAAAAUAUGUCAAUAUAUAUUUCAGAUAUCACUGCAUAUUCCUUUAAACCAUAAAGUAUAUCAGAUACGUACUGCACUAUUCUGUGUUUCUUCAAAAGUUGUACAUGUUUUAAAUCUUUCACUGUACAUGAGCCCUUUGUAAAAUAAUAAAACAGUAUAUUAUAUUUAAAACAAUACAAGACAAAAGACAAAAUGAGCCUUUUAUCUUUUAAACCACUCCCACUCUGCUAAUCCUCGUGCUCAGAAGAGGGUUGGCCAAACGUGUUCAGAGGCUAUAAGAGCAGUGACGUGGAGGUGCGGCGUCACACAGGUGAGCGUUCACAUUCUCAUGCCUCCACUCUCAGCUGCCUGAGGACACUGCUUCACUGCAGACGCAGGAGUUCACCUCAGACGGUAAAAGAUUAUCCUCAAAAUACUUUGACAGAGAUGGAGAUGAUGGCCUAUGUGACUGAGAUCCGGCUGAGUGGAGGUUGGAGCGGAGUGGCUCCCUCCUCCUGCCCCGAGGUGGAGCUGGAGGUCAUCGAGGAGUACCUGCAGGAGCAUUCACUGGAGAUCCAACCUGCACACAUGCCCGCCUCACCUCAGAGUACCACGGGGCAACAACCGCACACACUCCUCCACCAGGGCGGCAGGAUCAUCGAGAACAGCUGGUCGGGUCAGCAUGCUUAUGAGUGGCACUGUGGCUCAAACACUCCAUAUGAGGAGUAUGAAGAGCAAGUCCCGCCUCCAGCCUGGCCUUGUCCCCAUGACAACCAAUGGGACCACAUCACGUAUUCCUACGAGGCACCUGCAUACAUUGACUCAGACUCGCAGUCCAGUUGCUCUCAGUACCAGGAAUACCAAGACUCACCCUCUCCGUCGUCGGACAGGGGGAGCGGGAAGGACAGAGACUCCCUGACUCUUGCACCAUUUUCAGCAGGAAAGAGGAAGGAGCGGUUGUUCCAGUUCCUGUUUGAGAUGCUCCAGACGACGUCCAUGCGCAGCUGCAUCUGGUGGGUCCAGUCCUCCUCGGGCACCUUUCAGUUCUCCUCCCAAAACAAGGAGCGCCUGGCGCAGCUGUGGGGCCGACGCAAGGGGAACCGCAAGACCAUGACCUACCAGAAGAUGGCACGGGCGCUGAGGAACUACUCCCGCACCGGCGAGAUUCAGAAGGUGAAGAGGAAGCUCACGUAUCAGUUCAACGAGAAGACACUGAGAGGCCUGCGAGGAGACUCGAACAGAGCGUAGGAAGCAUGAUGGCGAGCCCAGAGAGAGAAGAAGCACAGUGGAUAUUCAUAAACAAAACCUCUGUGGAUGUCCCUUUAAUGUACUUUCUUCUGAUUCAUGUCUAAACAAAUGAAUACUGAGUAUUUGAAAAGCCAGUCAGAGUCAGUCAGAGCUUUCUAUAGAUACAGAACCAUUUAGGAAUAGGUUCAUAUGAGGACUGGAAAUUAUGAUACUGGCACAAUGAUGCAAAUCUAUGUAAAUCUAAAAGGUUGU